UCUAUCAAUCUCGCCUUCAUUCCCGUGCACACGUUAAACCGGUUUAGUGUCCUUGUGUGAACCAUGAAAACACUCCCGUCAGGACUCCGUUUUUUACCCGACUAGGAAUCAAACGUGUGCGUCCGCUUAGCUUUGCGGCUUCGCCUGGUGUGCGGUGCGCUGCGGACUGACUGCUCACAUCUCAAGAGUUGGAUUGGAUUGACCGACAGCGGCGGGAGAGGACUGGUGUUACCCCACACACACAGGACAAAGAAGACUGGGGGGGGGGAAUUAAAGGAAAAAGAUAAGAGUGGAAGAACAGAGGAAUGAAAAUGGAUAGCUGUCUCUUCACACUCGUCUUUGGUCUUUCAAUGCUCGGUGGGUGCUUGGCCCGGGUGGUGACGGUGUCUCCUGGUCCAUUAAUCCGGGUGGAGGGUCAAACGGUGUCCAUCAGAUGUGAUGUUACCGAAUAUAGCGGACCUAGUGAGCAGGAUUUCGAGUGGAUGAUGUCCAAGGAGGCGAACGGGAAGAAGAUGAACAUAAUUUCCUCCUUUGAUACCAGGUACUCGGACCCGUCGCUCAGCAAGCGCGUUGCGUCUGGCGACAUCUCGGUGGCGCGUCUCAAGGACAACGAGGUGGAGCUGAAGAUAGCCGAGGUGAAGUCAACGGACGCCGGUUACUACUGGUGUCAAACGCCGAGCACCGACUCAGUCAUCAGUGGCAACUACGAGGCUAAGGUCCAACUCACUGUCAUCCUCAACACCCUCAAGGUCUCCCCCCUGACCCCGCCCCCCGUCGUCCCAGAAGGAAGUGACCUCACGCUCUCCUGCAACGUCACCCGGGAGCUCAGCCACCCCACCUACCUCUCCGUCACCUGGUCGGUGAAGAGGGGAGCGACAUCGGAGGAAAUUUUGACAUUUGGCCCUCAGGGAGACGUGGUCACAGGGGCCAAGUACACCCGGCGCUACGCCGACGGAGGCAUCCGAUUGGUUCCCGGGAAGAACGGAUUUUUCGAACUGGUGAUUUCCAAAGUGACGACGUCUGACGAAGGGACUUAUGAAUGCAACGGAACUGAAUGGACGUAUGAAAAUGGAGGGAAGUGGAUAAAAAUCGUGGAGAGCACUAAAGAGAUGGGAACUGUGUCUGUAACUCCUACAGGCCAGUCCCUCAGUGUGAAGGCUUGGUCCUCCUCUCCCUCCUCCACGCCUCUGCUGCUCUCCCCCGGCGAGAAGCUGACCCUCGUCUGCUCCGUCUCCGCCGACAACCUGCCCGCCCUCGCCCUGGAAGUCACCUGGCUGGCCGACGGCCGCGAAAUCGUCACCAUGGAGCUGAGCGGGGUGGUGAUCUCAAACACGUCCUCGGGCGGCGCGCAAGGAAAGCGCGGGGAGGCGACCCUGGAGCGGACGGGAGUCGGAGAAUACAGGCUGGGGGUGAGGGGGGUGAGCGGGGACGACGGAGGGGUGUACACCUGCCGCAUCCGAGCCUUCAUCGAGAAAGGAGGGAGGAGCUCGGGAGGAGGAGGGAGGUGGCACAUGGCCGCCGAGAAAACCUCCAGCCCUGUAACCGUAAAGGUGGCGCAGAUCAAACCGAGCUUCACGGUGACCCUUGAAGCCGUCCUGAACCCCAAGAUGACGGCUGAACCCACAGAGCUGGCAUGUCGUGUCACCAACAUUACCCAUUUACCCCCAGGAGGCCGACUGGGUGUCACCUGGGAGCACACCACACUUCCUGGUACAGGGGGUGGUCCUCAGACCUCACAUCCCAUUGGCUCCCUGGACGGCUAUGGCAACCUGUUGCCGGGAUCGACGUAUUCUGACAGGCUGAAGAGCGGCGUGAUCUCUCUGACUAGAGUCCAGCCCGACACAUUUAAACUGCGAUUCCUCCGCACUCAGGAGAUCGACAUGGGCCAGUAUGUCUGCACGGUGUCUGCUUGGAGUGUUAACAGCCAGGGUGACAUCAUGAAUACCAGCGAGUACCAGAGCUCGCAGCUGGCUGUACGAUGGGAUACCAAACGUCCCACUCUGAACGUCGUGGCCAAACGCAUCCGUGAAGCCUCAGUGGGCGGUGCUACCUUUGAGAUGAGCUGCGCCGUGGCCUCUGAGAACCUCGGUGAGGCGGGUUACUCAGUGCUCAUCAAAUGGCAGGACAGCCUGCAGGGCACCGUGAGAACCAUCAUGACUCUCAGCCCUGACAACGUCCUGCAGCACGGAGAAGCCACAGACCCCAGCAGGAGAGACAGUCUGGUUCUGACAAAGUCCGGUCCGGCAGAGUUUCAGUUUCGGCUAGCGGGCGUCCAGUUGUCCGACAGAGGUUUCUACUGGUGCGACAUCACCGCGUGGACCAAACAGCAGCCGGGACAGGCUUGGACAAAAGCCACCAGUGCAGAGUCUAACAAAGUCAGGAUCGACUUUCAAGAAAAUGGGCCGUCCUACUCCGUCGCCAUCCAUUCAGACACCAACAUUGUUAAUCCAUGGGAAACGGCCAAGAUGGAGUGUUCGCUCACAGUCCAAGGAUCUUCCCCAAAGACUGGCACUCAGACAGAUGACCUGGCGUACGAGGUGCGUUGGUUUUUCACCAGGCUGCGCGGUGGAGAGACGACGACCCUGGUGGCCAGCGUGGACCGCUUCGGCGUUGUGACGAAAGACACUCGCAACUCCUCCAGUGACAUUUCAAUAGAGCGCAAGGACACGCACACCUACAUGUUGAACAUUCAUGGCACUCAGGACAGUGACAGUGGCGAGUAUCACUGCGUCGCCACUCCCUGGUACCUGUCGGCCUCAACCGGAGCCUGGACUCAAGCCAAAGAGCUGCCGUCAUCUCGAGUCUUCCUUACAGUCCGAUUUGCUGUGUGGGACUCCCUCAAGUUACCUCUCUUAUACGGAGUAGCGGCCUCGAUAGGUGUGGGCCUCUUCUCUCUGGUCCUAGGUCUGGUUUGCGCCCAGUGCUGCUGCCGCAACACCACACACACUCCGCGCUCGCGCAACAAACUCAUGGACCUGGAGAUGGACUGACAAACACUUUCCCCCGCACCCACACACUGCAGCGCUCACAGGAAACCCCACACACACAACAGACACACGCCCAUAGACGAUUUCUGGGACACCCAGUUGUUUCCAUGCGAAGGACGUUGGGAGUAAAAUGACACCUCGCUUUUGGAAACGCAAGCCUGACUCGUCGAUCGCAAUGCUUUUAGGGGAGGGGUGCUCGGGGGGUUUCUUCAGCUCUGCAGUGGAGGAGCAGGGGAAAGCGCCAAUGAGACUUCAUUUUCUACGGAGAUCCAUUAAUAUCUGCGGAGCUUCCAGUGAUUUUUUUUUUUUUUUUUUUACACCGAUAUCUUCGCUCCCCGUUAAGACCAUAGCACUACAAGAAACUCGAGAGUAAAAUUUUUGCCGAACAGGAUGCUUCUGAGACAUCACUGCCACUUGGGAAUAAAGGACCACUAAACAGAUCUGCUGCCUCUGGAACCACUAAGGAUGACAAAUGAGGCUCUCCGGCUGGACUACUUUUUUAUUAUUUUUUUUUUUUCUUCUGAUGCCAAGGCUCCCUGCAAAGGCCAACCAGUCCGUUUUCCUGAUAGUAACCGAGUCUCUCAGAGCAACGGCACACCAGCGUACCCUGUUGGAUUUUCCUUUUUUGAGGAAGCGCGGGAAAUUCAAGGGGUGGUUGGCGCUUUGCGAGACGGAAGCAGCAUUUCAGUUGCGCGUCUGCGGCCUCGACCUAUCCCUGUUAAGUCCCUAAAGUUGUUUUGUAUGUGCAGAGACUGUCGGUUUGGGCGGCCUGAGACAAAGUCCCGUUCAUACGGGCAGCAGAGGUCCUAAAAAAACAAACAAAAAAAGUGGUGCUCCGCGUGCUUUCCACACCAGAGGUAUUGCACUACAACUACCAUCCCAGAGUAUUCCUACCUUAACAAAAGGACUAUUUACUUUUAUUCUCAACUCUAGUUUUUUGAAAAAUUUAAGAAAUUUUAAAAUGAGAGACAUUUUUAAGCUUUACAAUGAGAUAUGCAGUUAGGGUGUUUGUGUGUGAGAUAUACUGUACGUGGUGCCAAUAUGUGAACUAACAGAGGCGUGCUCGGUUCAUAUCGCCAGAUCAACACUUGAACUGCCACUAAAAGUGGCGACAGCAAGCACUCUUUCUUUUCUAGAUAUUCAGAAAUGUAUCCUGCUGUUGUUUUGCCAGAGUCUCGUGUGUGUGUGUGUGUGUGUGUGUGUGUGUGUGUGUGUGUGUGUGUUGAUGCGAGUGCUUUGCUACAGUAUGUGAGACCGAGUUGCAUGUGCUGUUUUCUAAGGACAGACUGGUGUCAUUCAGGAGCAACACAAGCCUUUUCCUGGGUUACAUUUUUCGUGACAUCAGAGUCUCAUACAUCCAGAUAUUUAAACCUAGCGGUCACUAAUCUAGACUCGCAUGUGUUCCCACGGUGAGCAACAUGACUCUGUGUGGGCUCUGGUGCGAGAAACUCUGCCACUUCCAUAUUUUUGAACCAAUCGUGCAUGAUUCUCUGUUUUAGUUUUGCUUUUUAAAGGAGUAGUGCAACAUUUUGGAAAAUGGCGUGUAUUCGCUUUCUUUCCGAGAUGGAAAAGGUCUUUAUCAAUCUCAUGUCAGUGCAUUUCAGUACGGAGCUAGAGUCAGGGUGUGGUUAGCCUAGCUUAGCAUAAAGACUGGAAGCAAGGGAGACCGCUAGACUGGCUCUGUCCAAAGUGAAUAAAAAAAAAACACCAGCACCGCUAAAGCUCACUAAUUAACACAUUGUAGUUUGUUUUUUUUUUGUUUUUUUCUUCUUCAUUCCAUAGAAUUUUGGUUUGGUGGGAGAUUAAAUGCUGUAACUAUUUCUUGCCUGGGCAGACGGAUAAACUGCUAGUUAAGAAAAAGUUCUAGCGUAUACAACAACACUGCAGUUUGCAUACAGAUUAAACCAAUAAGAUAAAAUGUGUUAGAGGUGCUGGUAGUCAUUUUUUUAUUUUUUUUAUUCUGUCGGUCUGUUAUGCAGUCUUUAUGCUAAGCUAAGCUAACCAUGUUCUAAGUCUCCUUAUCUAACUAUCUCUCAAAAAGGAAGCAAAUAAAGCGUAUUUCCUAAAAUGUUGAACUAUUUUAAACACCACAUGAUUUCAAUGAGUUUAAGGGGCAGUUGACAUUUUUGGUAGAUCCAAUUAUCACUUUUGGUUUAGCCUGGUGAGCAGUUCCCCUGUUUCCCGUUUAAAGCAACAACAAAAAAAAACGCCCCAGAGCUAUCGCUGGCAAACAAGCUCUACUCAAAAAGUGUCAGACUGUUCCUUAACUCUCGCUAACUAGCCAGAAAACUUUCAGUAAAUUGGUUUCAGAGACGUGAACUGCAGCACUAGAUAUGGCCCUUUUCCAAAUGAGAUGUUUUCAUCUCAACUCUUUCAGUGAAAAGUUUUACCAUGCACUUAACAGCCAAAACUGAAAACUAAAAAAAAAAAAUAUAUAUAUACACAUAUAUCUGUAGAACAAAAGCAUUACCAGCUGAUUAUGAAAGAAAGCUGUUCCCAACUGACAUGUGUUGAGUCUCUUUGGUGUUUUUUUUUACAGCAAACCAAUGAAUUGUUGUAUCAUGUUGACUUGCUGUGUGAACGCACACUCACAGUUCCAGCAACACAAAGUGAGGAUGUUUGGGUCCAAACCCAGCAGGAUCCCAACAGACCGGUUAGGUUUGUAAUAAAAUGUGCCAGGCUGUGUUUCCUCCUCCACUGACUUGGCUUGGAUAGGGCUUUGUUUGAUGUUUUUAAAUAGUUUUUAAAAAGGUAUCAGGCUGUAUUAGGGACAUAUUUUUCACCCUCAGAGCUAAAACGCUCAAAGUUAAGAUUUAAAAUAGGGGUGUUUCCUGUGGGAUGUUGCAUAUUCACACAAUGCAUCGGUCGCCCACUCAGCUCUGACUUUGUGCACAAAACUGCUUCAAAUUCGGCCUGGCCAGGCAGCCAGUGCAGAACUUGAACUGUUGUCCAAUCAGAACACAAUGCCCGAAUCCAUAAAGAUUUCAGAUUGAUGAUACUCAGACAUACUCUGACAACAGUUUAUUUCAUAAUUGCACAAAUUCACAACACCAUCAGCCACAGGAAACACCAAGAUAAACCUGUACUGUACCUGUAAUUAAAGCAACAGUGAUAUGUUCCUUCAGUUAGGGACACUAAGGGGGUUAAGCUGAAAACCCACUUUGAGAAAUAUUGACGAAAUGUGUCUGUUUUGCCUUGAUUGAUGGUGACGGUUACUUCAGAAACUUCCGGUACGUCUCCAUAAACCCACUCCACAGGUCUGUGUGUGUGCGCCUCUCUGUGUCAGAGCUGUUGCAGUAUUCAAAAUGGGUUUACCACUAUCAUUAACACCCAUACGUUCACACAGGUGAAUAAUAGGGCUCCGUGCCAAAUGCCACAAUACACACACACACACGCACACACACAGCACGUAGCAUUGAUACACACCACUGAUCAUGUCACUGCAAGAAUUCCCCAGUGUCCUUUUACUUUGUCAUUUUACCGCAAUGAGUAUGAUGAAAUGUGUUGUUUUUUAAAUAAAUAGAUUUGUAAGAUGUA